GUCCCUUCUCAUUGGCGCUGAUGCGAUCUCUCGCUGUGUGCGGAGCGGGGCUGCGUGCGGAUCAGAGGCGGCGAGAGCAGCGCGCUGUUUGUCCACAGCAUCUUUGGUCCACAGCCACACACUCGCCCCGUCUCCAGUCCUCGUCUGGGCGGGCGAGAGGGGGGUCCGAGCGCCAACACCAUGCUUCGUGCGUUAACAGCCUCCCUGCUAUUCCUCGUCUGCGAAAGUGCUUUUCCCCCGAAUACAGAGGAAUGCUUAGCAAACUACCUCUUACAUGCUGAUCGCUAUAAUAGGCUCAUCAGACCAGCAAAGAAUAGCACUGACAUAGUAACCAUCGCAAUAAAGGUUUCUCUUUCACAGUUAAUAAGUGUGAAUGAAAGGGAACAGAUUAUGACCACAAAUGCUUGGCUCACUCAGGAAUGGAACGACUAUCGCCUAAAGUGGGAUCCAGGAAAAUACGAAGGCAUUCACACACUUAGAAUAUCUUCCAGGCAUAUUUGGCUCCCUGACAUAGUGUUAUAUAACAAUGCUGAUGGGACCUAUGAGGUGUCCCUCUACACUAACGCUCUCGUAUACAGCACUGGUGAUAUCUUCUGGCUGCCUCCGGCCAUCUAUAAGAGCGCCUGCAGAAUCAAAGUGAAACAUUUCCCCUUUGACCAGCAAAACUGUACUCUGAAAUUUCGAUCAUGGACAUACGAUCGAACUGAAAUUGACUUAGUUUUAAGCAGUGAUGUUGCAAGCAGGGACGACUUCAAGCCCAGCGGUGAAUGGGACAUUGUCGCUCUUCCAGGGAGAAGGAAUGAGAUUCCAACGGACCCCACGUAUGUUGAUAUCACCUAUGAUUUUAUCAUCAGGAGAAAGCCGUUGUUUUACACCAUCAACCUUAUCAUCCCCUGUGUGCUGAUUACUUCUCUAGCAAUAUUGGUGUUCUACUUGCCCUCUGAUUCUGGGGAAAAAAUAACACUGUGCAUUUCAGUUCUGCUGGCAUUAACGGUCUUUUUACUGCUCAUUUCAAAGAUUGUUCCGCCAACUUCUUUGGAUGUUCCUCUAAUUGGCAAGUACCUAAUGUUUACCAUGGUCCUGGUAACCUUUUCCAUCGUCACCAGUGUCUGCGUAUUGAAUGUCCACCAUCGGUCACCUACCACUCACACCAUGCCCGACUGGGUGAAGCAAGUAUUUCUCAAGAAGCUGCCGGCUCUUCUGCUAAUGAAACGGCCAGAAAAUCGAAGCAUAAAGGAUCGAAUCAGAAAGAAGCAGUUGGCAGCAUUUAUUGACAGUGAGGCAGAGCAAGCCGAAGUACAAACAUGCUAUGUGAACAAGGAGUCAGCAGGGAACUGUGGCUGGAGGUUGGGAGACAUGUCCGAUCAGCAGGAUUCAAGGAGGAAGAGUUCAACAAAGGCUCAGUCCAACAUACAAGAGGCAGUGGAUGGCGUCAAAUUCAUAGCGGAGCACAUGAAAUGUGAAGAUGAAGAUCAGAGUAUCAGUGAAGACUGGAAGUAUGUCGCUAUGGUCAUCGACCGUCUGUUUCUAUGGAUAUUUGUGGUUGUGUGCCUGGUUGGCACUUUGGGUCUCUAUCUUCAACCUUUCUUUCAAAACUACGCCGUACCGCACACGUUUUCCGAUGCAGAGUGAUGCUCUUCCCCGUGUGAUUCAUCCAGAAUUGAAUGAAAAUUAAUGCUAGACACCAAACUAGCAUGUGUUGUUUACUGAACCGUAUGAGUAUGUAUGACACUGAUCAUGUUAAGACAAACAAUGCAGUAUCAUCAUCCAAUAGAGAAAUCUUGUCAUCUCCUAUUCCUCCCUCCCAUUUGGUCUUAGUUUAAACAAAAAUGUACUGUAAAAAUACACUGUUGCAUAGGAGCUGCCACAUUUGAAAAGUUUUGAAAAGUAAUGCUCUGUAGGUUGAGUGUUACAUUUGAUUCAAAUAUCAUUAAAAUGGAAUAACUGGAAAGAUAUGAAAAGACAACAGAAUUCUUCUGUCAAAAAAACAAAAUGAUCCACCCUUGAUUUAUUGUAUGUUCUAGCCCAGGAAUUUCCAUUGGAACUGCUAAUUAUUUAAUGACUUGCACUCCUAAUAGACAUGGUCUUAAUGAUUGAUAGGGCUCUGGGAGCAAAGCAAGGUGCGAUACUUGUCAUCACCUGGAUCUGUACAUGAAACAUAACUCAUGCUGUAAAGCUUUGUGUUUUGGUGGCGUGUCAUUGCAUGUUUGGGAACAUUUUAUCUGAACAUGAGAUAUUUUUCAAUUAAUCCAAGCAAAUUUUCGCAGAGGUUGGUCAGGUCCAAUCCAUGAAUUGUAUUUGCAGUUCUGGGCUAUGGUAAUGUAAUGGAUAUUUUGUGUAAAAAAAAUUUAGAGGAAGUAAACCAUGAAAACAAAUGGACCAAGUCAUUGAACACCAAUAAAAACCUUUUCCUACAAA